CUUUGACUUGGUCAGCGGCAACAGCAGCAACACAAACAGCAGCAACACGACAAUAGCAAGAUGAGGCCCCUCAGUUAUCUUCUGUUGGUAACAUUGGCAUUGGCCACUGGUGGCCAGGCAGUUGUCCAUGGUAAUAGGAAUGGCUAUCGCUAUAAUGGGCCCUCGCAUAAGUAUUUGCCAGCCGAGGGAGCUCCCAGCACAGAUGCUGUAACCACAACUGGACAUUGGCAGCCUCAGCCGCUGCAUGAGGAGCAGCGAGAGAGGGAACCAGAGUAUCUGGGUAAUCGUCAAGAGCAUUGGCAACAUCAGCAGAGCGGACAUCAAGGGUCUUCUUCUUCAUUGGGGCAUCAGCAACAGCAUCAGCAAGGCCACCGUCAAGAGCAGCAAGGACAUCUUCAGCAUGCACAUUCCCUGCAAGAGGUAGAAUAUCUGAUACACCAGCAACGUCCACAAGGUUUCUCCCAAUAUCAGGGAAACCGUCAGCUCGAGUCAUCCUACGGUCAGCAGCAGCAGCAUGAAAACCAUCAACAGCAACAUUCAGAGAAUCAUUGGGAUUCUUCUUCCCAUCACCAUCAACAACAAGGACCCCAUAAGCAGCAGCAGCAGCCGCAACAGCCAGAGAGUCAUUGGGAUUCAGCUGCCUAUCAGCAGCAAGGACCCCACAAGCAGCAGCAGCAACAAACAGAGAAACCUUGGGAACAUGAGCAACAUGGCUCUCGUCAGCAACAACAACAACAACAACAGCUGCAAAACUAUUGGGAAAACUCUUUUGGCCAGCAACAGAAAGAGAAUAACUGGGAAUCCUCCUAUGGCCAGCAAGGAUCUCAACAACAGCCAGAGAAUCACUGGAGUGGUCCAUUGUCGUCAAACAACAUUCACGGAUCGCAGGGAUCCGAUCGUUGGCAGCCAUCAUCACAAUCCUCAUAUCCUCUGCAAUCUCUGGACUUAUUGCCUGUGGCUCACGCUCAUGCCAACAGCCAAAAGACUCUUGCUAGGCCCACAAAUCACGUUAAUCAAAUUCCGGGCUACACUUUGUCCAGCAAUCCAGAGCACGAGCGUUUCAUUGGCCUGGAUGCGGCUGAUAAUCGUCUGCUAACCCAAUCUCUACCCUUUCAAUCACCAUCGGCCCCCUUCAGGCCCGGCAGCAAUCACCACCAGCAACACCAGCAACACCAGCAACACCAGCAGGGCCACAGUCAUAACUUCUUGCAAAUGCAGUCCCAAUCCUAUGAGUUGCCUUCCACACAGCAUACCCAACAUGGAUGGGUGGCCAGCCAAUCGGCCAAUUCUCAUGCCAAUGAACCAAAUCGUCAAUUUCAGCCUCCCUACUAUUGAAAUUAACCACGACUUGGAUUAGGUUGCUUUCUUCAUUUUUUUUUCGCUCUUCUUUUCUGUUUUUUUUUUUUUUUUGGUGUACAAUAUUUAAUUUAAAUUAUGCUUAAAGAAUAAUUUACAAACAUCUAAGUAGAAAUUCCAAUACUUUUUGAAAAUAGAAAAAGUUGAAAUUGAAAUUCGAACAAAGAAGUUUUAACAUGACAAAUUCCAGAUUUUAUUGUAUAUAUACCUAGUACAUAUAA